AUGCAGAAGAAGGAUUUUCCAGGCAAGCAAUUCUUUAUUGUAUUUGUUAUAAAGCCAGAGGACUAUGCCUGUGGGGGUUCGAUGCCAUCCUCCAUUCAAGGAAAGGCUAACCACACGUGGAACCUCCAACGAAUGAAGAGGUUUGAAGUGACAGUUGUGUCUUCAGUGAAAGGUUCUGUUUAUGUGCAUGCCAUCCUUUUCAGCUUUCUGAGCUUCUUCUCAUUCUAUCUGAGUGCACUGGUGGUUGCAUUUGUGCAGUACAUCAGAAUUCGUAGGAAAUCUUCAACUGGAGGACAUAGUCCUGAUAAUGGGUUUGGGACUGUGGCCGCCUCUCAUCCUAUCACUGCCAGCACUCCUGAGGGAAGCAGCUACGGAGCUAUUGAUGAGUCAAGCUCCAGUGGAGGCCAGCAUUUGUCAUCUUUGGAUCACAGGCCGCCUUGUGGCUCUGACACAGACAGCUCUGUGGAAGAGGAAAGUGACUUCGACACCAUGCCUGAAAUUGAAAGUGACAAGAAUGUCAUCCGCACUAAGAUGUUUCUCUAUCUAUCUGACUUAUCCAGGAAGGACAGGAGAAUUGUCAGCAAAAAGUAUAAAAUCUAUUUUUGGAACAUCAUCACAAUUGCUGUCUUCUAUGCCCUGCCUGUGAUCCAGUUGGUGAUUACAUACCAGACGGUGGUGAAUGUGACUGGGAAUCAGGACAUCUGCUAUUAUAACUUCCUUUGUGCUCAUCCACUGGGAGUCCUAAGUGCUUUUAACAAUAUCCUCAGCAAUGUGGGCCAUAUGCUGCUGGGCUUCCUGUUCCUGCUGAUUGUAUUGCGUCGAGACAUUCUCCACAGACGUUCCUUGGAAAACAAAGACAUCUACACAAUGGAAUAUGGCAUCCCCAAGCAUUUUGGUCUUUUCUAUGCUAUGGGCAUUGCUUUGAUGAUGGAAGGUGUCCUCAGUGCUUGCUACCAUGUCUGCCCCAACUACUCUAAUUUUCAGUUUGACACGUCCUUCAUGUACAUGAUUGCAGGGUUGUGCAUGCUAAAGCUGUACCAGACUCGCCACCCGGACAUCAACGCUAGUGCCUACUCUGCCUACGCAUCCUUUGCAGUGGUCAUUUGCCUCGCUGUCCUUGGAGUGGUUUUUGGAAAAAAUGCUGUAUGGUUUUGGGUCCUCUUUUCAGUCAUCCACGUUGUGGCUUCACUUGGUCUCAGCACCCAGAUCUACUACAUGGGCCGUUUCAAGAUAGAUGUCUCUGAUCCAGACUUUGGGAUUUUCCGACGAGCAAUUAUGGUACUGUACACAGAUUGCAUCCAGCAAUGCAGUCGGCCAAUGUACGUGGACAGAAUGAUCCUGCUUGUUGCUGGGAACCUGGUGAACUGGUCUUUUGCCAUUUUUGGACUGGUUUAUCGGCCUAAGGACUUUGCCUCCUACAUGCUGGGCAUCUUCAUUUGUAAUCUUCUGCUGUAUCUUGCCUUUUAUGUUAUUAUGAAGCUCCGGAAUGCAGAGAGGCUCCUGCCCGUCCCCCUCUUCUGCAUUGUGGCCACAGCUGUGGUUUGGGCGGCAGCCCUUUAUUUCUUUUUCCAAAACCUUAGCAGCUGGGAGGAAACUCCAGCAGAAUCCAGAGAAAAAAACCGCCCCUGUAUUCUUCUGGGAUUCUUUGAUGAUCACGAUGUUUGGCACUUCCUCUCAGCAGCUGCCUUGUUCUUCUCCUUCUUGGUCCUGCUCACUCUGGAUGAUGACUUGGAUUCUGUGCGGAGAGACAAGAUACCUGUCUUCUGAGCAAGAAUAUUCUUGAUAUGGCUCAUUGAAACACAGUGUUGUCAGCCAGAACAGCACCAACUGCAUGUUGGGAAGAAACAAUUGGCAUAUGGGAAAUGAGGCUUUGCCUUGCCAUUAUCUGGCUCAGACUGCAAAUACAAAUGAGUCAAAUGAAAUCCUCGGGUUUU